GUUAUACACAGCCUUCCUCGUUUAAACUAAAAUUCUCACAAACUCACAAAGAAUUAUCAAUUUAUAUCAAACAAGAAAAAACAAUAAGACACUUCUUCGCAAACAAAAAUCAGUGACAAACGACACUCAAUCCAAUAUGAUCGAACUUCAUUCUACUGACGAAGGUCGCACCUGUGAUAACCAAAAUUGUUCGUCUUCAUCUCCAACAUACUUCCAUAACGUGAUUUCCAACGGGACCUUUACGGAUAGUGUCGCCUGUAAAACUUCACCGUUUACAGAGUGUGAUAAAAAAGAGCGCUGCGUUGCGGAAACGAACAUAGCGAGUCUCAGCCGAGAUGUCAUUCUGCAUGACAACGCAUUUCUAACACUACUCCGUACUACGCAAGUUAAUGGCGAUGCAUUUCCCGUAGUCAGCAUAUGUGACAUGUAUUUGAAAGCCAGUUCGCUCGAUGUUCUGCACAGGAUCCGAUUAGACGUUGCCAAUACAGUGCUCGCGUUCAUGGUCAUGAGGGGUCAUGAAAAUCGGGACAGGCAUAUUGCUAUAGUUUUAGACUAUCAGAAGAACUGUAGACUCUUAUAUCAGAGCUUGAUCGACAGGGGAGAUGAGUUUGAUUACGACCGGGAGCUACGACUAGAGUUAGCACGAACUGCCUUGGAAGUUGUACAGAACUUACAACCCGGUGCUAGCUUGGAGGAUGCGUCAGCGAUGUUUGGAGAAUGCGGCAAACGUGAUUUAGGACCCCAAUCGGAAAGUAGAAAACGUUCACACGAGCAUUCGGAACUACUGUUACAGAAUCUACAAGUGCUCCCACUACAUACAAACGGAAGUAAACGCAGGCGGAUAUCCCUUUGGGUCAGCGAUGUAGCCACUUGAAGGACACUGGUCAUAUUUUUUACCAGCGAUCUGCGACCGCCAAUUCUAUUUCUAAAAAUAGCAAUUCUGAUACCAGUGAAGAGAGUCACCGGAAUGAAUGACUAUUUAUUUAUGUGAUUUUGUGAGCUUGUGUCUUGUAGUUGUGAAGGUGUGACUCAUGCGAGGCUGCCGUUGUGGCAUGUAAGCUCAAAAUUUCACUGGGCGACCGCCAAAUCAAAAAUACCAAUUAUGGUAGUCACCGGAACGUAUGGUCAGGCCUGAAGCUCAUCUGCAGAAUUCUCAGGAAAGGAUGAGCCAAACUACCGCCGAUCUUUAGUUAACAAAGACCGCCCGCACUGCAACAGCGAAGUCCACGACGAUGGCUCUUAUGUACCUUAUAGUUCCUCACGCCUGAAUGGGUCUUAACAAUGGCCAAACUGGGAAUGGAGUGUUUGAUGUCGCGUGGAGCGUCCCAAACAUGGUAUUAAUGCUCACCAAAUAAAGUGAAAAUAGUUUUCAAUAUUCAG